AUGAAGUACACUGCUUCCCUGCUGCUGGCUUCUGCAGGCUUAGCCACUGCCCUCACUCAACAAUGCAGCAAGGCUAAGCCCGUCAAUGAACACAACAAUUACUUCUGUGAUCCUGUAGAGCAAAUUGUCUAUGGCCGGGUCCAAGGCGAAGGCACUUACAAGGAAAUAACCCAUGUCAGCCCGGACGGAGAGCCUCACCGAGAAGAUCGUCACUACAAUGGACCAUUGGCUGCAUUCGGCAAAGUCGGUGUAGUUUCUAUUCACAUCCGAGGACCUAUCGACUUUACAGAAUUUGCCUUUUACAGCUUCGCUCCAAGCAAGAGGAAGAAGCGUGGUGAGGUCAAUCCCACAGCUCGAGCAGACCAAGGUUAUACAAAGGCUGGGCGGGCCCGUGGACAUGGCCACAGGUUUCUACAUCGAGCUCAGCGUGACAAGCGAGUCGAUAUUGUCACUGCCACCAUCGACGGCAAGGUUCAGACAUGGGAGAACAACUAUUUCGGCGCUGCUGCCACGCCUGAGCCUCUCCCGGUUCCUGCUGCUCAAGUUGACGCUGGUACCAGUACUGGUGCCGGCUCCGUCGGCACCACCAGCAGGAAGCCUACUGGCGAAAAGCUUGGGCACAGUUCCAACUCUACUUGUUCGAAAAAUGGCUUCGUACGUACCGCAUACUACAAUGCCGAGAAACAGAUUGCCGAUAACGUGGUGUUCUUGGGCAACUACGGUGGCCAGGGGUCCGGGGUUUUCAACCACAUCAUAGGCAAUUCCCUCUCGUUCAUCAACUCCACAGCCAACGGCGGUGCCAGAUCCUCCCAGAUCCUCGAGGACAUGCUCAUCCCCUCCAACAAAGAAGUCAUCAUCUACUCGGGGAAAAAAUGCGCUCCCGGUGACUGCUUCUCUUACGACCCAAACGUCGCCUACGAGGGCUUCAGGGGCGGCACAGUGGUUUUUAUUUUCCGCUUCAGGAUGCCCCUCGACGGCACUCGCUGCCCCGAGGGCGUAAUGCCCGGGAACCCGGGUUGCGCCAACCCAGACAUGCCCGCUCUGUGGUUCCUUCACGAAUUGGUCGCCCGCGAAGGCCAGUACAGCAGCCGGUUGUGCUGGCCUGAAUGCGGUGAGGUAGACAUCUUCGAGGUCCUGAUGCCGGGAGACACCAAGUGCAAGAGCACACUUCACCUGGGCAAGGGCGGCGGGAGCUCGGAUUACUUCCAAAGACCGGUGGACCAUCCUGUCAAGGUUGCCGUUGUUCUCCACAAGGAGACGGCCAAAAUUGCCAUCAAGGUCUUGUCGGAGACGGAUCUCUCAAAGGCCUCGAGUGGCAGGAAUGUGUCGGACCACGAUGAGGGAUUCUCAGACGGCGACAGUGACGAGGAUGAGUCAGAGGAUGACGAGGAUGACCCAGAGGAUGAGGGAUUCGCAAAGGGCGUGAAGAACGGGGGUGUGCCGUCGGACGGUGAGCAGCUCCCAAGUUGGCUGGAUCACGAGACGGUGUUGUCAUGGCUGCAAACGGGUGGCGAGUCGAGCAGCUAUUUCCAGCUUACUGAGCCGUUGGUGAAUGAAAUCUAG